UUUCAGAUACAAACCGUGUGGUAGUGCUUAAGUGAAAAGACUACAUAACUCUCGAGAGAGGGCAGAGCAAAACCUCUGAUUUUUUAUACACUCGGUAAUUCAGAACGUCAUACCAAGUCUGAUACACUUGCAAUAUUUAUCCUUAUACCUCGUUAGUGAUUAUAUGAUUAAAUAAAUGCUGAUUACAUUAUAGUUAUUACUUUUUUAACAAAAUGAAAGUAAAAAUUUUAUCAAGAAAUCCAGAUCAUUAUCUACGAGAAACAAAACGUGAUAUUCACAAAGUCCCUAGGAAUUAUGAUCCAUCAUUACAUCCUUUUGAAGCAGCUAGAGAAUAUACUAGGGCAUUAAAUGCAGUAAAAUUAGAAAGAGUAUUUGCAAAGCCUUUUGUAGCAAAUUUAGAUGGUCAUAAAGAUGGAGUGUCUAUCCUUUGCAAACAUCCUACACAAUUAUCUACACUUGUCAGUGGUGCUUUUGAUGGUGAAUUAAAAGUAUGGAAUCUUAUGCAAAGAACUUGUGAACGUACAUUUUUGGCACAUGAUGAUAUAAUACGUGGCAUUGUGUAUAGCACGAAUGCAGAUCAUCUUAUUACUGUUGGUAAUGAUAAAACUAUUAAACUAUGGAAAGCAGAAAAACCAUCCUUUGGCAAAGAGGAGGAACCUGUAAACACAAUUAUUAGCAAAACUAUAAUUACUGGAAUUUCUCAUCAUCGAGCACAACCUAUAUUUGCAACAUGUGGUGAAGUAUGUCAUCUUUGGGAAGAAACCAGAAAUGAACCAAUUAAAACAUUUAAGUGGGGUGUUGAUAGUUUAUAUGAUAUUAAAUACAAUCCAGUUCAGUCGAAUUUGUUUGCUGCCUGUGCAAGUGAUCGUAGCAUCAUAUUGUAUGAUGCUAGAGAAACAGGCCCUCUACGGAAAGUAUAUAUGAGGUUAAAAACCAAUAAAUUGUGUUGGAAUCCUAUGGAAGCUGUAACUUUUACAUGUGCCAAUGAAGAUUAUAAUUUGUACACUUUUGAUAUUCGCAAUCUAAAAUCACCAGCAAAUGUGCAUAUGGAUCAUGUAGAUGCUGUAAUUGAUGUAGAUUAUGCACCAACUGGAAAAGAGUUUGUGACUGGUAGUUAUGAUAAAUCUAUUCGUAUUUUUGAAUCUAAUAAGGGUCAUUCUCGAGAAAUAUAUCAUACAAAACGUAUGCAAAGAGUAACAUGUAUAGCAUGGUCUCUGGAUAAUAAAUAUGUUCUCAGUGGCAGUGACGAAAUGAAUAUUAGAAUUUGGAAAUCUAAGGCAUCAGAAAAAUUGGGUGUGUUGAAACCUAGAGAAAAAGUAAGUCUCAAUUACAGUGAAGCAUUAAAAGAAAAGUUUGGUGCGCACCCUCAGGUUAAGCGAAUUGCUCGGCAUAGACAAGUUCCGAAACACAUUUACAAGGCUAAAGCCGAGCUACAUACAAUUCGUGAGAAAACUAAACGAAAGGAGGCUAACAGACGUACUCAUUCUAAACCGGGAACAGUACCGUUUGUUGCAGAGAGACAGAGACAUGUUGUUCGACAAGACGUUUAAUAAAGUAUUAAUAUAUAUUAUUGUACUGUCUGCAUUGUUUUAUAAAUGUAAUAAUAAAUUUAUUUCAUUACAAA